AUGAUUAAUCAUCUGCUUCCAGAAGAAAUCGAAGAAUUUCUUGGGAAUCCUACAAGAUCCGUUCGUUCUUUUUUCUCUGACAGAUGGUCAGAAUUUCAUCUGGGCGAUCGGAAAAUAAAGAAAUGGUUAAUCUAUUCAACUAUUUCAUCAGAUUCGGGAUGUGAUAUGGUUCCGAAGGAUGAACCGGAUAUGGACAGUUCCAACAAGAUUUCAUUCUUGAACAAAAAUCCAUUUUUUGAUUUAUUUCAUCUAUUCCAUGAUCGGAACAGGGGAGGAUACACGUUACACCACGAUUUUGAAUCAGAAGAGAGAUUUCAAGAACUGGCAGAUUUAUUCACUCUAUCAAUAACCGAGCCGGAUUUGGUGUAUCAUAAGAGAUUUGCCUUUUCUAUUGAUUGA